GUCUACAAACACCACGGCACUCCCAGAAUCAUCGAUAUCGCUCUUCACGAGCCUCGCGACAUACCGUGCAUGGCGACACAAGGCGUUCAAGGAGGACAAGUCGGUCGGAUUCGUGCCCACCAUGGGCGCGCUGCACGACGGGCACCUCUCCCUCGUGCGCCGCUCGCUCGCCGAGAACGACCUCACCGUGCUCUCCAUCUUCGUCAACCCCGCGCAGUUCGCGCCGCACGAGGACCUCGCGACCUACCCGCGCACGCUCCCGCGCGAUCUCGAGCUUCUCGCGCAGCAGACGUUCAGCCUCAGCGGCGCGGACGCGCAGGGGCAGGUGCAAGGGCAGGUGCGCACGCCGUCGGCGGUGUUCCUGCCCUCGGUGCACGACAUGUACCCGACCGGCAUCGUGCAGGACGUCGCGCAGCAAAAAGGCACGUUCGUUGAGGUCAAGGGGUACAGCCACCAGAUGGAGGGGCAGAGCCGGCCGACGUUCUUCAGGGGCGUUGCGACGGUCGUGACGAAGCUGUUUAAUGCCGUCCAGCCAACGAACGCGUACUUUGGCCAGAAAGAUAUCCAACAGGGGCUGCUGUUGCGGCGCAUGUGCCGCGACCUGCUCUUGCCGAACCCAGCGCCCGAGCGGCUGCACAUCUGUCCCACAGCCAGAGACCCGUCCGACGGUCUCGCGCUCUCCUCGCGCAACGCGUAUAUGUCCGAGAAGGAAAGAGGCGUCGCAGGGACGCUCUACAAAGCCCUCCAGGCUGCAGAGUCGGCAUGGACGAGCGGCAAGACCAAGACCGAGUGCGUCGCGAGCGCGCUGGACAUCAUCAGUACCGCCACGGCGCGCGCCGUCGACGAGGGGAUCGAGAUGAAGCUGGAGUACGUCGAGCUGAACGAUUCCGAGACAUUUGAAGUGCUCGAUUCUGCGUCGAAGAAAGACACGGCCGGCUGCGAGGCUGUCAUCUUGAGCGGCGCGUUGCGGGUGGGGAAGACGAGGCUCAUCGAUAAUAUAGUCAUUGGUGAUCUUAAUCGCACUGUACCAUAGCCUCGAUUGAUCGAAAAGACAUUGGUUUCGGGGGUUAAUAUGUGUAUGUCGGUUGAAUUAAUCAGGGGUCCGAUAUGACGUGAACAUUAGUGUACAGCUACCAACAUCUCUACGAAUAGUCGUGCAAAGUACCCACAAAUGUUUGCUUUCCUGCGCUAGUACUUGCAAGUUUUCAAGCACGAUUCCUCGGUCUAUUUGAAACCACCCUUCUGGUUAGCUUUGUAAGAUCGCCAUCACGGUCAUGUGUUUCGCUCGUUCAACAGGAUUCGUACACUUCUCCGCUACUAUCCGGCUAUUGCGUCGGUGAAGGUCGCAGAUCGCAUCAUCGCAGAACUAUGCGGAGAAUUUCUUCGACUCGUCCGUAAUCCGUAUAUCACGUCGCCUCCUCCUUCGCGGAGAGUUCCUUCGACUCCUCCGCGUGUCGUGCCGCCGCCUCCCUUUUCCUCGACUCCUCCGUGAAUCGGUCCGCCUGUUCCCUUGCGUAUUUGUAUCUGUCUCCGUACAGGAAGUAUCUCAUGUGAUCUUCAUCUUGAUCCGACAUGCCCGGGGUAUGUAGCGAAAGUGACGGAGCUCGGAGAUACCGGUGCCAGCCUCUUUUGAUAUGCCCUAGUAAAUGAGAGCGAACGCACGACUGGACAUUACAGUUGACGCCGUCGUUGCCGACGGGGAGCUCAGGGCACGCCCAGGUGGACGUCUGGCUGUGACUGCCGCCUGUGAAGAUUUUGUGCUUUGUUGCCUCCCGAUACGCGGUGAAAUACGUGUUGCAGAAGCUGCAAGAGCGCUUUGAGACGCCGAUGUAAGGUAUCGCCUGAAUACCGUGAGUUUCUGUGAGCAGCUUGCACUCGCAGUGAAUCGGCGCUGAGCUCGUAUGGUCAAACUUGCCAUCAACUACCUUGGCCCCGAGAUUCUUGGCGAGCAUGGCGAUGAACCCCUCUACGGACUCUCCUUCAGAUUCCUCAAUACAACACCCGGCUUCUUUCAACACUUGCUCCAUCUGUGAACGUUCAACCGUAUAGCGUUGGGUCUCCGAGGAGUCAUCCUUUGGAGGCGUGUUAUCGACACCUAUGACGACUGGAUUCUGUAGGACCAUAUCUGCGAGCGACUUAGACAUCACAAUGUCGGCUAAACGUAAGUAAUGUCUGCGAAUCGCUGUCAACUUGUCCAACCAACGAAGGACGUUCAGCUCUUCUCGGACUGGUGUCCCCUGCGACUGCGAUUCCAUCAAAUUGCGUGUAUACCGAUUCCACGCGAAGAGGAACCUGCCUUUGUCCUCCAGCUUCGCUCUUGCCGUGUCCAGACACAUGAGAAGGAUGCGAACCCGUCUGACAUCGCCAGGUGAGGACGGUUGGAGUGCCUCGGCAAGCAUGUCUACAUGUGUCGCCAUAGUCGAAACCAUAUCCAAAUCAACUGUCUCUGAUGUUUGGAGGUACUUUAGGAACGCAGACUGAGUGGACCCAUCCGCGCGCUGCAGCGCACCGGGAUCGCAUAUAUCACGCGCGGUAGCGAUGAAGUGGGUGUGCCGCGAGUUCUUCGUGACGCGUCGCCUGAGCUUCUCCCAUGCGUGUCCGAGGAUCGCCAGCUCCAGAUCAAGGAGUCGCGCCUCAAAAUUGUUCUGAGGGUUGUUGGAGAUGUAGGGAUGGACGACUGGUGGAGAGCUCCCAUCAGUUGUUAGUGGCAGGUCCGGUCGA